UCAGCAGUUUGCAGAUGGGAAGGGGGUGGGACGUCCUGGAGUCAGCAGUUCUUCAACAAGUACGUGAACGCCAGCUCCGCCGGUGCGAGACCCAGCCAUGAGCUGACUGCGCGCAAGGGGGGAGGAGGGCGGCCGGCUUUCCCUGGCGCUGAGUUUGCCGUUUCGCUCGUGGAGAAGAUGCAGGCUCAGGAAAUCCUGCGGAGCCUGCGGCUCCCCGAGUUCGACGACCUCAGCCAGUUUUUCCGCAACCUGCCGGCCACGGCGCUGGUGGGCAUCGGUGCCUUCGCGGCCGUCGUUGCCUACUGGUUUGCCAGCCGGCCCAGGGCCGUGAAGCCACCGUGCGACCUGCGGAUGCAGUCGGAGGAAGUCGAGGGCCUGGCUGGGGCACGCCGGUCGGUGAUCGGGGACAGCUCGCAGCUGCUGACGCACUACUAUGACGACGCCAGGACCAUGUACGAGGUCUUCAGGAGGGGAUUCAGCAUCUCUGAAAACGGCCCCUGCCUGGGGUUCAGGAAGCCCAAGCAGCCCUACCAGUGGCUGUCCUACAAGGAGGUGGCUGAAAGAGCAGAAGCUCUGGGUUCAGGGCUGCUUCAGCAGGGCUGCAAGCCAUCCACGAAGCAGUUCAUUGGGGUCUUUGCUCAAAACCGUCCAGAGUGGAUCAUUUCCGAGCUGGCUUGCUACACCUACUCCAUGGUGGUGGUUCCCCUCUACGACACCUUAGGUCCUGGAGCCAUUCGUUACAUCGUCAACACAGCUGACAUUUCCACAGUCAUUUGUGACAAACCUGAAAAAGCCAGAAUACUCCUUGACCACGUGGAGAGGAGAGAAACGCCAGGUCUGAGCUCCAUCAUCCUGAUGGACCCAUUUGAGAAGGAGCUGACGGAGAGGGGGAGUCGCUGUGGGGUUCGCAUCCAGACCAUGCAGGAGGUGGAGGACUGUGGCCUUGAGAGUCGACAUGUGCCUGUGCCUCCUCGACCAGAAGAUCUAUCAAUUGUCUGUUUUACUAGUGGCACUACAGGAAACCCCAAAGGUGCUAUGCUGACUCACGGGAACGUGGUUGCUGAUUUUUCAGGCUUUUUGAAAGUGACGGAGAAAGUGAUCUUUCCGAGACAGGACGAUGUGCUCAUCUCCUUCCUGCCUCUGGCUCACAUGUUUGAAAGAGUUAUACAGUCUGUCGUAUAUUGCCAUGGAGGACGAAUUGGGUUCUUUCAAGGAGAUAUUCGUCUCUUAUCUGACGAUAUGAAAGCAUUGCGUCCAACCAUCUUCCCUGUCGUGCCGCGGCUGUUAAACAGGAUGUAUGAUAAGAUCUUCAGCCAGGCAGACACGUCCCUCAAGCGCUGGAUCCUGGAAUUUGCUGCAAGACGGAAAAAGGCUGAAGUCCGAAACGGGAUCAUUAGAAAUGACAGCUUGUGGGAUAAACUUUUCUUUAAUAAAAUACAGGCGAGUCUCGGUGGGUGCGUUCGCAUGAUAGUAACAGGGGCUGCCCCUGCGUCUCCGACUGUCCUGGGCUUCCUCCGUGCGGCCCUCGGAUGUCAGGUUUAUGAAGGUUAUGGCCAAACAGAAUGCACAGCUGGAUGCACCUUUACGACCCCAGGUGACUGGACAUCAGGUCAUGUAGGAGCCCCUUUGCCCUGUAACUUAAUCAGAUUGAAGGAUGUGGAAGAGCUGAAUUAUUUUGCUUCCAAAGGAGAAGGAGAGAUAUGCGUGAAAGGACCGAAUGUUUUCAAAGGUUAUCUGAAAGAUGAAGAGAAGACAACGGAAGCGCUGGACCAGGAGGGCUGGCUUCACACUGGAGACAUUGGGAAAUGGUUACCUAAUGGGACUCUUAAAAUUAUUGAUCGGAAAAAGCAUAUAUUUAAACUUGCUCAGGGAGAAUAUAUUGCACCAGAGAAGAUAGAGAAUAUCUAUAUCCGCAGUGACCCUGUUGCCCAGAUCUAUGUCCAUGGAGACAGCCUGCAGGCCUUUCUGGUGGGAAUUGUGGUGCCUGAUUCCGAAGUUAUGCCAGGCUGGGCAAAGAAAAGAGGGUUUGAUGGAACAUACGCAGAACUCUGUAAAAAUAAGGAACUGCAGCAAGCGAUAAUGGAAGACAUGGUACGGUUAGGUAAGGAGAGCGGACUUCAUUCCUUUGAGCAGGUCAAAGCCAUUUACAUUCACUCUGAUAUGUUCUCAGUACAAAACGGUUUGCUGACACCAACGUUAAAGGCUAAGAGACCAGAACUAAGAGAUUACUUCAAAAAACAAAUAGAAGAGCUAUAUUCAAGCAUCUCCAUCUGAAACCACGGGAAGAAUGUUCUGCAUAAUGGACUUCGGAGCAAUAUUAGAAUAACACUCAAAAGUACAGAGCCAGAAGGGCACAACUGAAAUGGAUAAGCAUCUGAAUCUUACAUUUGAGCCUUGCAUUGUUCUAGGAUUUCACCACUAACCAUAAUUUUCCUUCUUUUUUCCAUCAGGGGUGAUACAAUUCAUUUUUUACUCUAUGUACACAGUAGGGUAGUACUAAGAAGUAUGCUAAAUUGCCACAAAAUAUACAGACAUUUCAAUCUAUGACUGAGUAAAUUAUGGAAACUUACCUUAUUAAUAACCACAAACAUUUCUAAUGAAAAUAGGGAAAAUUUCAGGUACGUCUGUUGAUAUUUGAUUGUAUAUAACCUAAUACAUUAGAAACUAAAAUUGUGGGUAAUUCAAUAAUGUGGUCUACCUCAAACAAUCAGCGAUUGAUGGUGAAAGUCUGUUUUCCCUGAUCUGGAACUUCAAGCUGGAUAUUGGUUUAUAUAUAAAGUGAUAGUUUUUAUAUUUUCCAGGACAUAAAUUACAUUGGUUUGAUUUAAUCAUUAAUGACCUAACUAACAACCAGAAUAGAAGUGGGAAUGAAUCUCCUGCUACUUGUACUUAAUAGACCUAUUAGUAUAUUACAUCUAAGGGAUUAAUAUUGCCCUGAAAUUACAAGAACAGCUUAGGAAGCGAUAGGAUAGAAUUCCCUCUAUUUCCUUUUCAUCCGAACUCCAUUCAUACAUGGCAUGCUGGUUUUACAUUAGGGCCUCCUUCAGCGCAGUACGCUCACGGACAUCUGAACUACUCAAACUGAGAAGGUUGCAGAAGCAUCGCUGGCUCUGUGGCGGCUUUCUGUGGGAGUUCACGUUAACCCAUACGCUCCCGGUCCCUAAUUUAUUACUUUACAUGCUGCUAAUACCGCGUAGUCCAGUUGGACUAACUCCCUUUCAGAAACAGUGCUAAAGAAACGGCGCACGAGGUACAAGCUGCGAUUCUGAACGGGGCUUAGCAAAACGAAUUGGUUUGGGAGAAAGGCCAGCCUGAGAUGCAGCAGUGGAGGGCAUCCUUCGGCUGGCCGUGGAGGAGGAACAAAUGCUGCUCCAAAAGGCCCACAGGGAUGGGCGGAAGGCUGCGUUAGCCGUUGCUGUUGUAAGGUGUCGUGGUACGGUAGAACAUUGGACGUGGUUGCAGAAAGGCCUGCUAAAAAAACGUCUCCACGGUCAGACCUCCGGAAGCCUCGGUCCCCGCUGCCGUCACUUCCAGCGGCCUCUCUGGAAUGAACAGCAAGUGGUCUGGAUAAGGGGACAAGUCCCAUGUGGAACAGGAGCAGACUCGAGAGCUCUCUCCUGAUCCAAAGCAUGGUACAAAACAAGGAGAAGACGGUAAUGUCAGGUCGCUUGAAUACUUGGACUGUUGGUGGCUUCCUUCUGCUAAACAGGGUCCUAAAUAUGUAUGUGUAUUUUAAUAGCUGCUGUUUGUUGCACCAGUGCAUACUAGCAUGGAACCGUGCCUGCUAGAUCUUCUGUGCUAGGACAAUGAAAGCACAUUUAUUUUUUCUCUUAAACUGGACUCCACUGUAGACUUUUGAAGCUAAAAGUUUAAGUUUUUAAUCUAAAUAAUCUCUUAUUUUCUCUCUGAAAUUCCAUUGCAUGCUUCAAAAUGAAAUAAAUUGAAUUAAU